CAAUGGGUGAGCGCGGCGGAGCAUUUCGAAUGUGAUCGCGGUAGUCGGCGGGCGACGGGAGACGGUGCCUGAGAGCUGCAGGGCCCGGAGCGCGGGGCACACACGGCCGCACAGCCUCGCGGAGCCUUGGAAUGUGAGGAGCAGCUGCGGCAGACGUGGAGGCCAAGGCAGAAAAUGGCCAAGGAAAGGUGCCUGAAAAAGUCCUUUCAAGAUAGUCUUGAAGACAUCAAGAAACGAAUGAAAGAGAAAAGGAAUAAAAACUUGGCAGAGAUUGGCAAACGAAAGUCUUUUAUAGCUGCACCAUGCCAACUAAUCACCAACACUUCUACACUGCUAAAAAACUACCAAGACAACAACAGAAUGUUAGUUUUAGCUUUGGAAAAUGAAAAAUCCAAAGUGAGAGAAGCCCAAGAUAUUAUCCUACAGCUGAGAAAAGAAUGUUACUACCUCACAUGUCAGUUAUAUACAUUGAAAGAAAAGCUUACUUCACAACAAACAGAAGAAUUUGCUCAGAACCAAGAAGUAUGUCUCUCUGGAAUGGAUUCCAAUAGUGACAACAACUCUGGGGAUUUAUUUGUGAAGGAUUUACCGCAAGUUCCUCUUCAGGAAACUCACCUUCCAGGACAAGGAGAAUCGUUCCAAAUAGAAGAGCAAAUACCUACCAUUCCUCCAGACAGACUGAGACUUGAUUUGGAUUCAGGUGAAGAUAAGUCUACUGAUAAUGUCUUACCUAGAACUGUAUCUCUCCGUCGCAGUUUAAAGAAACGUUUUAACAAUCUGUGUCAAUUCAAUACCUUGGAUGAUUUUGAACUCAGUCAUUUGUCAGAGCAGUCUUUUGAAUUAGAAAGAAUUAGAUUUGUAGACCCACUAAUAAGUAUGCACAUACCUGAAAAUGUAGAACAAAAUGUUUCUCAGUGGAACAAGGAUCAAAUUAACUUAUCACCAAAGCUCACUCACCCAGGAAGAUCUACUAAAACAAAAGAAGACGUUUUAGAGUAUAAAUCUGAACAAACUGAAAGUAAGCAUAGAGAUGCACAAGGAAGAAGAAGAAAAGAGAAAAGAAAAGCUAACAGAAGGAGAAAAUCAAAAUCUAUAUCAAAGUAUAAAUGGAGCAAAAGUGAAAAUAAAAAAACUGUUUCCAAAAAAAAGUUGGAUGAAUCUUUCACUUCCAAUGAUGCUUACAAUUUUAAUUUGGAAGAGGGUGUUCAUCUCACUCCUUUCCGACAAAAAAUGAGCAGUGAUUCUAAAAGAGAAGAAACCAAAAACAGUGAAUCUGAAGUGAGCAUUUGUGAAUCAGCUGGUUCUGAAUCAAGUGGUUCAGGAGAUGAUUCUGAUGACCUCUAUUUGCCCACUUGCAAGUCCAGUCAAGAUCUCACCAACGAAUCAGAUAGGGGCCCAGUCACCAGGCCUCGAUCUAAAAGAGCACCAAAAUAUACGGAUGAAAAAGAGACGGAGGGUUCUAAGCCAACAGAAAUUCCUCCUAGUGUACUACCUGAACCUCACCAGUCACCUCAUUGUGGCCUGAAGGAUAUCACCAAUGUCCCCUUGGAUCCUGUAGUGAAAAUCAGAAAACUUUCUCUUUCCCCAAAAAAGAAUAAAGAAAGCCCCGCAGUAUCUCUGCCUAAGCGUAGGUGCACAGCCAGCGUGAACUACAAGGAACCCACACUCGCUUCGAAACUGAGAAGAGGGGACCCUUUUACAGAUUUGUGCUUCUUGAAUUCGCCUAUUUUCAAGCAGAAAAAGGAUGCCAGACACAGUUCUAAAAAAAGAAGUAUGAAGAAAAUACAAUGAAGCGUUUGUUGGAUGCUGUUUAAAUUCAUCUUACACCCCUUUCUGUUGCUCAAGCGAGAAUCUGAAAGAUAGUACACAAGUGGGUUGAACUAUUGCCAUGGAAUAUUCUCUUGACAGGACUCUAGAUCAUGAACAUUUCUUCGAAACUAAACUUCAAAUGUGAUUUUUUUCUUAAACCUUUAAUAAAUUUGGUUUUUUCCUUUAAAUAU